AUGAACGUCGAGGUCUUGGCGGGGUUGCGAGCGGGUGAUGGCGGUGACGGUGAUAGGAAGCUAGACAGCAGACAGGCAAAUGACGAUAGCAGCGCUGCCAGCGACAAUGACAGCAGGCCAGGCGGUGACAACACCCCCCACGACAACACUACCACAUGA